GCCUGGCUCUGCCUGGCCGCGCUGCUCCUGCCCCUGUCCCUGCCAGCCCCGGGCGCUGCCGGUGCCUGCCCCCGGCCCUGCCGCUGCCCCGGGGCCGGGAUUUUGCUCUGCCGGGAGCCCGACACCGUGGGCAGCCUGGCCGCGCUGCUGGGAAGCGGCAGCUUCACCGACGUCAUCAUCGAGAACCAGCCGGCGCUCACCACCUUGACCCGAGCUGACACCAGGACGCUGCGGGACCUCAGGAACCUCACCAUCUCCAGGACGGGGCUGCAGCACAUCUCUGCCGACGCCUUCCAGGACACCCCCAGGCUGAGCCACGUGAAUCUCUCCUCCAAUGCUCUGCAAAGCCUUUCCUGGAAAACCUUCUGGCAUUUGCCCCUGCAAGAGCUCAUCUUGGUGGGAAAUCCCUUCAACUGCUCCUGCGGGCUCCGCUGGCUGCAGCUGUGGCAGAGCAGCAGCCGGGCCGAGCUGGGGAACCAGUCCCUGCUCUGCUGGGAGGGCAGCGUGCUGGUGCCCCUGGGCAGCCAGGUUCUCCAGCCCUGUGACCCCCCGGCCGUCCGCAUCGAGCCCCCCGAGGCGGUGCUGCGCCAAGGGGACAGCGCCAACCUCACGUGCCACGUCAGCGCCAACCCACCGGCCACCGCGGAGUGGGUGCUCCCCGAGGUGCUCCCCGAGGUGGGACCCGAGCUGCUCGUUCUCUCAGACCGGGAGAUCGUCCUGGAGAUCAGCAACGUCUCCUCCCACCUCAACCACAAGGACUUGACGUGCCGGGCCGAGAACGCGGCGGGGCUGGCAGAGGACAGCGUGGUGCUGAACGUCACCUUUCCCCCCGUGAUUCUGCUGCUGGACACAGCCAUCCCCCGGCAUUUCUGGUGCAUCCCCUUCUCCGUGGAUGCCUUCCCCGUCCCCAGCAUCCGCUGGCUCUUCAACGGGACGACGCUGCUGGAGGGACCCUACAUCCACACCCUCAUCAUGGAGUACGAGCACAACUCCACCGUGCUCCACGGCUGCCUCCAGCUCAACCGGCCCACCCACGUCAACAACGGCAACUACACGCUCGUGGCGCGCAACGCCCUGGGCUCGGCCUCCCGCAGCGUCCAGGUGCGCUUCAUGGACAACCCCUUCAGCUUCAGCCCUGAGGAGCCCAUCCCCGUGUCUCUGUCCCCACUGGGCACCAGGAACAGCUCGCUGGAGGGGCCUGUGGAGACCAUGGAUGAGCACACCUUUGGGGUCUCGGUGGCCGUGGCGCUGGCUGUGUUCGCCUGCCUCUCCCUCUCCGUGCUGCUCCUCCUGCUCAACAAGUGCGGGCGCCGCUCCAAGUUCGGCAUGAACCGCUCGGCGGUGCUGGCCCAAGAGGACGACCUGGCCAUGUCCCUGCACUUCAUGACCCUGGGCAGCAGCCCGCUUUCCUCGGCUGAGAGCAAGCUGGAGGGGCCGAAGAGCAACGUCAUCGAGAACCCCCAGUAUUUCUGCAACGCCUGUGUGCACCACGUGCAGCGCAGGGACAUCGUGCUCAAGUGGGAGCUGGGCGAGGGCGCCUUCGGGAAGGUGUUCCUGGCCGAGUGCUGCAACCUCCUCCCGGAGCAGGAGAAGACGCUGGUGGCCGUGAAGCCGGGCAGCGCAGCCUCUCCCCGCCCGGCCUCUCGCCCACGUCGUGCCCUCCAAGCCGCCCCUGUGCCCCGCAGGUCCCACGGCCCCGAUGCCAAAAUGCUGGAGCAGGGCGCGGGGCAGGCGCGGGGGCCGCUGGCGCUGGGCCACAUGCUGCACAUCGCCACGCAGAUCGCCUCGGGCAUGGUCUACCUCGCCUCCCUGCACUUCGUCCACCGCGACCUGGCCACCCGCAACUGCCUGGUGGGCCACGACCUGGUGGUGAAAAUCGGCGAUUUCGGCAUGUCCCGGGACAUCUACAGCACUGAUUAUUACCGGGUGGGGGGCAGGACCAUGCUGCCCAUCCGCUGGAUGCCUCCCGAGAGCAUCCUGUACCGCAAAUUCACCACCGAGAGCGACGUCUGGAGCUUCGGCGUGGUGCUCUGGGAGAUCUUCACCUACGGGAAGCAGCCCUGGUACCAACUCUCCAACGCCGAGGCCAUCGAGUGCAUCACGCAGGGCCGGGAGCUGGAGCGGCCCCGCACGUGCCCCUCCGAGGUUUAUGGCAUCAUGCAGAGCUGCUGGCAGCGGGAGCCCCAGCAGCGCCAGCCCAUCAAGGAGAUCCACAGCCGCCUGCAGGCCCUCGUCAAGACACCCCCAGUCUAUCUGGACAUCCUGGGCUGAGUGGGGACCCCCCCAGCCAC